CCAACAGUGGUUGACACACAAACAACACAUCCUCUCUCUAUUGCUUCUACGUCGUUGCAGUAGUGGAUUAAGGAAAAUAAGUUUUCGUCUGUUUGAGGUAUUUAAAUUACGUGAAUCGUUGUCAAUGCCGUGAUCAAUAAUUGUUCAGUGCCUCAAGUGCUUGGCGAAAAUGGAAAAGCUGUAGUUGUGAACAUAAAACGCGUUUAAAAAAAAUCCAUGAACGCUAAAAGAAAAAAAUAUCUUCCGAAUCGAGCAAUUCAAAUACAUACAUAGUGCCGUACUGUUUUAACCGUAGCGCUAACAUAGGCGCCGCAGUGAGUGUAAGCGAGUGAGACAGAGUACUGUACGGAGAUAACAUACAUUUGUGUACCUACCUCUCUUCAAGUGGAAAUCAUAGGAAAUGAGUGAAACGGAAUGCAUGGCGGAGGAGACAACGACACCAAACGAAGAUGGCGAUAAAGUAAAACGAGAAGUGCAGCAAACAGUGUUAUCGGCCAGGGCUAUCGAAGCCAAAGAAAUCGAUACAAUGUAUACGGAUAAGGAUAAGAAUAAAGAGAAAACAGUAGAUAUCCAUACGUUGACUCCGUCGACGCCAUCACAGACGCCUCCACAGCUGCUGGCGGCUGAAGCAACAACUACAACAGCAACCACAACAACAGCAAGCAUACCAGAGAAUAUAUUAUCGCCACCCAAAUCGGAGCCACAAACGGAUGAAACAAAUACAGCCACAUCCACGUCCUGCUCACCGGCAUCACAAUCCGAAGAUCAGCGAUCGCCUGUAGGAGGAGGAGGAGGAGGCGAGGGAGGAAGAGAAGAGAAGCCAACAGUUUUAGUUAAAGAACCAACAACUCCAAAGCAACAGAUGCAACUGAUGGAUCUAAAUCUGGAUACGGAACUGAAUCUGGAUCUGGAUCGGGCAACGACUAUCAAUGGCAGAAUUCCCAAGUCGGGCAAACCAGGGCUUAACAAGAAGCUAAAUAAAUCGCCAUCGACAUCGCCGAGAGCGUCGCGAGCGAGAAAACCGAAGGCGUUGCCGAUGUACGAGAGCGAGAUAAGUGCCCACAAAGUGGGAAUCAAGCUGUGCAUCAAAAAGUCGGACACAGUGGCAACGCCGACGUCGACGCCGACAGAGGUUUCAACAAUUUCUGCAGCUCCAACGAGAAUUAACAAACCGAUAGCUCCAUCGAAAACAGCUCGAAAACGAGUUCGGAAACCGAAACCACAGGACAGUGACGAAAGUGAAUACGAACCGCGCAAGAAGAAAGCCGGAGGGGGAGGAGGCGGUAACAACAACGGGGAUCGCCACAGGAAGAUAUCAACGCAGUCGGCAGAGACUGCGACUGCGGCAGAGCCAGUGGAGCAGAGUUCUUGGGGCCACAAGUUACCCGAAGAAGUGCUCUUCCGGAUCUUUCAACUGGCUGUCGAUAAGGAGGGCUGUCUGCCCACACUGUUCCGCAUGGGUCGCGUCUGUUCCCUCUGGCGACAGGUUUCUUUAAGGCCGACAUUAUGGCGCACUAUGGAUCUGAGCACCUGGAUCAAGGAAAAGUAUCGCACGGAACUCAAACUCAAGUGGUUUGUGGAUAAUCGAUGCAGUGCUUGCACUGAAUUGAAUGUCUCCAAUUGGAAGAUAACGGACAUUAAUUGCUUCCUGGUGAAACUGUCCAAUGGCUGUCCAAAUCUGACUGGCAUUACGUUAUCCGGUUGGAAAGGUUUCACAUCGGAUCACUUGACCUAUCUGGUGGAGAAUAUGCAUAAGCUGCAGCGCCUAGACUUGAGCUCUAUCAAUGUCGAGAUGAAUGCCAGUAAAAGUGCCGUAGGCGUCAACUCACUUUGCAAUGCACUGCAAACAAUGGGGAGUCGAUUGACCCAUUUAUACUUGGCCCACAAUCGUCUGGCGGGUAUACCUAAUAUUGUCAGCAUACUUUCGACACACUGUCCGAAUUUGACGCUCCUGGAUCUCUCAAAUGUCACCACACAGGCAACAUCUCAUGGCGUGUUGUAUAUCGAAAAACUGCAGCAUGGUUGCCAAAACCUGAGGGUAUUACGUGUCACCAAUUCACACAUAACACCAAGCACAGCCGGCAUGCAGGAGAUUAUGGACUCACCUGGCUUUCCCAAUCUCGAGGAGCUUUCCGUGGCAGCUCUAACCGAUGAAUCCCGCAUUAUAAGCGAUGAUCACUUGCAGCGCAUACUGAAAAGCAGUUCAAAGUUGAAGCUACUCGAUGUUCGCAAUUGCACGCGACUCACGCACGAAAGUCUCAUACGUUUGCCCGCCUGGGAUAUCAAGCAUUUAUUCCUUUCGGGCUGCUCGGUUACCCGCGAUAUGGGUUCGGGUCUGGAACUAAUUGCCUCCAAGUGGGCGCACAGUCUGAUUGAACUGGAUCUGGCCUGGGCAAAUGUACAGCAACCGAUAGAUAAUGCACUGCGUGCACUGGCAGAAAAGGGCAGUGAGUCGCCAUUGGCUCAUUUAAAUCUUUGCGGCUCAUCCGUUUCGGAGGAGGCUGUGAAGGAAAUACUCACGAAUUGUGUGCACAUGAGCUCAAUUAAUCUGGCAUCCUGUCGAGGAUUACCGCGUGGUGUGAAGCGACUAAUGCAAGGACCUCAGGAGCUGCACGAACUGCGUGAGGUGCUUGGCGUGCAAUUGAGAGUGCAGUAGAGGACAGUUACUGACAGCAGUCACUGUCACUCUAACUCUCAGAGAGAGGAGUAAAGCAACUAUAGAUUGCCAUCGCCUAGCGCCAUGGUGAAAUACCAUAUGGUAGUGAUGUAAAACAACUCGAUAUAUUGUUAUAUUGACUUUUGUAGAUUCUAUAUAUAUGCAUAUUAGGGUAAAUCUAAAAAAUG